GCCAGCGCGCCCCACCUCUCCACGGCCCGGGAGUGGCGCCGCCCCAGUCCUGGCCCUGGGCAGCGGAGGAGGAGCAGCAGCAGCAGCGGCGGCAUUGGACAGCCGGUGCGCGCGAACCAUGGCCGUCCCGGCCCAGCUGCGGCGGUGCCGGGGGGUCCCCGGGGUUCCCCGGCAGCGGCUCCUGGGGCUGCUCCUGCUGGCGAUGCUGGGGCUGGACCUCUGGGCAGCAGGGGCGCAGGCGGAGUCCCGUGCCCAGGGGGCCCUGGAGGAGGAGAUCGUGUCCGAGAAGGCGGCCGAAGCCAGCCACCGGCAGGACAGCGCCAACCUGCUCAUCUUCAUCCUCCUGCUCACCCUCACCAUCCUCACCAUCUGGCUCUUCAAGCACCGCCGGGCGCGCUUCCUCCACGAGACCGGCCUGGCCAUGAUCUACGGUGUCCUGGUGGGCGUCGUCCUCCGCUACGGCAUCCACGUCCCCAGUGAUGUCAACAACGUGACCCUCAGCUGUUCCAUGCAAACUAGUCCUGCCACUCUGUUGGUCAACCUCAGUGGGAAGUUCUACGAAUACACCCUGAAGGGGGAAAUCAGCUCCAACGAACUGAAUAAUGUUCAGGAUAACGAGAUGCUCAGAAAGGUGACAUUUGAUCCAGAAGUGUUUUUCAACAUCUUACUCCCUCCCAUUAUAUUCUACGCAGGAUACAGCUUAAAAAGGCGGCACUUCUUCCGAAAUCUGGGGUCCAUCCUGGCGUAUGCAUUUCUUGGAACGGUGAUCUCCUGUUUUAUGAUCGGAUCCCUCAUGUAUGGCUGUGUGGCACUGAUGAAAGUGACGGGGCAACUUAAAGGCGAUUUCUACUUCACUGACUGUCUGUUGUUUGGUGCUAUUGCAUCGGCUACCGAUCCAGUAACCGUGCUUGCCAUUUUCCACGAGCUUCAAGUCGAUGUGGAGCUCUAUGCCCUACUCUUCGGCGAAAGUGUCCUCAACGAUGCUGUUGCCAUUGUGUUGUCUUCUUCGAUUGUAGCCUACCAACCAGCAGGAGACAACAGCCACACCUUUGAUGUCACCGCGAUGUUCAAGUCCAUAGGGACUUUCCUGGGAAUAUUCAGUGGGUCGUUUGCCAUGGGGGCCGUGACUGGAGUUGUCACUGCCUUGGUCACCAAGUUCACAAAACUCCGUGAAUUCCAGUUGCUGGAAACAGGCUUGUUUUUCUUGAUGUCUUGGAGCACGUUUCUGUUGGCGGAAGCUUGCGGCUUUACAGGCGUUGUGGCAGUAUUGUUCUGUGGGAUCACACAGGCUCACUAUACUUACAACAACUUGUCCACAGAAUCCCAGCACAGAACUAAACAGCUAUUUGAACUUCUCAAUUUCUUGGCUGAGAACUUCAUCUUCUCCUACAUGGGUCUUACGCUGUUCACCUUCCAGAAUCACGAGUUUAACACAACAUUUGUAGUGGGAGCUUUUCUGGCAGUAUUCCUGGGGAGAGCUGCGAACAUUUAUCCUCUCUCUUUCCUGCUUAAUCUGGGGAGAAGAAACAAGAUUGGGACGAAUUUUCAGCACAUGAUGAUGUUUGCGGGCCUGCGAGGAGCAAUGGCCUUUGCCUUGGCCAUCCGGGACACGGCCACCUAUGCGCGACGGAUGAUGUUCAGCACGACGCUCUUGAUAGUGUUUUUCACCGUCUGGGUGUUUGGCGGGGGCACCACAGCCAUGCUUUCGUGCCUGCAUAUUAGGGUUGGUGUUGAUGCAGAUCAGGAGAAUUUGGGCGUGCCGGAGAACGAAAGGAGAAGUACCAAAGCAGAAAGCGCUUGGCUGUUCCGGUUGUGGUACAACUUUGAUCACAACUACCUGAAGCCUCUCUUAACGCAUAGUGGCCCCCCUCUCACGGCCACACUCCCCAGCUGCUGUGGGCCGAUCGCUAGGUGUCUAACAAGCCCACAGGCCUAUGAGAAUCAGGAGCAGCUGAAAGACGAUGAUUCAGACCUUAUUUUGAACGACGGUGACAUCAGCUUGACGUACGGGGAUUCCACCGUGAACACCGAUUCCAUGACAUCCGGUACAUCUCGAAGGGUGGCAGGAAAUGGUUCCGAGGACGCUCUGGACCAAGAGCUUGCCUUUGGGGACCACGAACUUGUCAUUCGGGGGACACGCUUAGUUCUCCCUAUGGAUGACUCGGAACCCCCUUCCAACGUAGUCGAUAAUGCCAGGCACGGCCCAGCAUAAAUAAGAUCUGUUGCGGGAUUUGACUGGUGGUUUAAAAAAAAAAAAAAAAAUCUGCAUACAGUCGUCAAGAAAAAUGUACUACCUACAACAAAAACCUACUGCAUGUCUCAGAAUGUCUAAGCUGUAUAAAUAUUAUUUAUUUAUAUGGUGUCAGGAGAACAUAACUAUCCAUAUGAGACAACAUGUGAACAGCAAGCUGUUUAAUUUUUUUCUUAAGUUCAAAACGAAACAAAACUCGAAGACUGCGCUGUGUAGGGGUGGAACUGUCUUAGGACAAAAUUCUUCUGCGGGAAGGGGGGAAAGUGGGAUGAAAUACUGGCCGUAGCUCUCUUGACUACAGAGACAAACAGUUGGCUUUUCGGUUGGUUUCUACAGUUUGACAUAAUACUUAUCAGAGUCUGGAAAGGAGCUGGUGGAAUUGGCUUACUUGCUUCAUGUUUGCGAUGUAGGUAGCAAAAAAUCUUAGUUACUACUUGCGUGUGGGACUUGGAGCAGCGUGUCUGCCUUGGAAUCCUGAAAUGUUCUUUGAAGUGCAGCUCUAGGAUUUGGCAGAGUAGAUCUUGACAAAAUGGCCUUGAGGGCCGCUGUCUUUAUGCUACUAAACCUACAAUCCUCACUUGCAGUCAACGGAUGAUAAGCACUGAUGGGAAUUUAGUGUUCAGAUCCAGACGCCACUUAGGAAACUGAUGACUGGCUUGCUAAGAGGACCUUCUUUCAGUUGGUGUGGAAGGGUCACUAUUGUAAGGCCAGAAGAGAUGCUUCAGAAGCCAGGUAUCUUAAUUGUGUGCAUACUUGGGAGGCUUUCCCCCCAGUGUUCCUCUUGCCUUAUCCCUUAGGAUCAGGGUCAGGUUCUGAGUUAUGAAGCAGACAAAGCUGGCAGAAUUUGAUUCCUCGCAUUAAGCAGUGUUUCGUGAGCACUGACGGUGACUGUCACUUUCGUGACGGUGUGUGAAGACAUCAUGGGGUUCCCUUUAGCUAAGUGGCUGUACCUCCUUGGUAUGCCUGUGCUUUCUUCUGGUAUAAGUGCUAAGAUGAGCAGCUGGAGUUAGUCUUUUGCAGUUCCAUGCUGUGGACUCCAGCUGUUAAAACAGCACAUGUCAUGAUUUCCUCCGUGUGGGUUUUUAUAAGAGGCAUUUAGGAUACUUGGUGGUACCGAAAGGGAGUUGUCUGUCCGUCCAUCCUGUAUAGUUGCACUUUUGUUGGGUAACUCCCUUGCAUGCUUGUGUGUCGAUAAAGCAUCCUUGAUUUUUGUCCUUGCGUCUGUUUGUUGUUCAAUGAGAAAUAUAUUUGUAAACUGCCAUCGCUCCUUUACAAUUUUCUUGUUGCCUGAGGAAGAGCACUGAACAACUUGCUGUUAUUGCACUUUGUGUAUUCAGCUUUAUCCUGCUAUUUACCUUUUUCUUUUUAUGGCGCAGUGGGUGGUUUUGAGAAGGCGGGAAUUCGGAAUGUCUUGUUUCUUUCAGAGAAAACAGUUGCAGUAUGAAACCCUUCCAUGCACAACACCUAUCUUUCCUUUCAUACACCACCAUUGAUAGGUCUCCUCAGAGUCAGAGGUAUUGUGUGGCUGUUACCAGCAACAUAAUGCUCCCUUAACACACAAGCGUAAUCGCCCCAGAGAAUUCAGUUCAGUGUUCCUUGUAACAGGGAUCUCCAUAUGUUGUUGACUACAACUCCUAUCAUCCCCAGCUGCAGUGGCUUUUGGUUGGGGAUGAUGGGUGAUGUAGUCAACAUCAUCUGGGAAUCCCUGUUACUGGGAACACUGGCCCCAUCCCAGUUUGUCGCUGAGGAUAGUCUUUGAGAAGCAGUAUAUCUGCUGCUUCAGAUCCUUUGGUUUAGUUCCCUUGUUACUUUUCAGGGAGAAAUCUCAACCCAGAAUGGAUUUUUGGGCAUGCGCACCCGUCCUCCCUCUCCUAGCAAAAAGGAAAACAAUAAGAUAAUUGGGCUGUGCCGUGUUUUGAAUGAGGAAUUUUUAUGAUGGUCCUCCAUUCCCUCUGCAGCUGUGCAGGAUGGAGUGUAUUUAUUUGAAUGCAAGAGCCCUGCGACUUCCCAGGGUAGACACAGAGCUCUUGCAUCCAAAUAAAUACACGACAGUCCAGUUUGCUUGUUGCUUUCUUCCCGUGAUUAAGGGGUGGAACAAGUGAGAAGCUGCAUCUUGUAUUAAGUUCAGAUUUCUCCCCAGAAAAUAAGUGAAUAGACCCACUGUGGGUCGCCUUCUCAUGAAUAGGUCCUUGCCUUUAUUUGGUUAUUAGUUAUUUGGUGGUGGUUGUCCUUUUUCAGUGCUAAACAGGAGCCAAGGGAACACAUAUGCAAAAUACUAGGGAGUAAAGUUACAUUACAGCCAAGGAAACAAAUUACCUUUCCUUUAAAAAAAAAAAAAAAGUUUUAUGUUCUCAGGUCUGAACUUAUAUGCCUUAAGUAUACUUCAGUGCAAUUUUCAGUGGCCCCAGAAUAAUAGAUUCUUUCUUCCUUUCAAUGAGAAUUUCAUGUAAGCAUUAUGGGCACAGCCCGCCAAGAAUGUCUCUUGUGGUUUCCCACCGUGGUUUCCCACCCUGGUUUCCCAUUUGAAAGGAGCAACCCUGGUUUCCCAUUUGAAAGGAAAGGAGCAACCCUGGUUUCCCAUUUGAAAGGAAAGGAGCAACCCUGGUUCAUUUUAUGUGGCUUGUAUGAGAGAAGCAGGGUCUCCACUGCGCCCACAACAUGCCAGUUUCCAUUAUUGUCACAGGAAUUUGUUGUUUAGUGUCAGUAUGUCUUUUCUUUCUUUCCUGCUAUGCAGGAAUUCCAUGAAGUGUGUGCGUGUGUGUUUUAUAUGAUGUCUGUAUCUUAACAUCAGGUGGUUUUUUUUUUAAAAGUAGGAAAAUGUUCACAUGUUGAGGGUUUUUACAUUGCUUAAAUGUUAAUAAUAACUUCUUUUGUUUAUGGCUUUUCCAAACAAGAUGUAAUCUUUCCCCCACCUUUGUUUUUAAUUGUGUGCAAACCUGAUAACUAAUAUGUUUACAAAAUAUGCCCGGCUGAUACUGUAGAAUGUUUUAAAGCAAACAUACUAUACACAUCUGCUUCUAGUUAGAGCACACCCUUGGAUUCUUCAUGUCCUCUCAUCUAAACUGGGAAGUUGCCUACAACCAGUGGUGCUGUCCACUGAUUUAUAUAGAUGGCUGAAGACAGUGUUUCCCAACCAGGGUUCCUGCAGAUGCUGCUGAACUACAACUCCCAGCAUCCCCAGCCACAGUAAAUUUUAGCUGGGGAUGAUGGGAGUUGUAGUUCAGCAACAUCUGCAGGAACCCUGGUUGGGAACCACUGGUUUAUGACAGCAGUUCUUGGUCUCGGGCAUGCCUCCUCUUUCCCCCAUUCUUCCAGAGGAGAAAAUAACCCAGUGCAAGACUGGGUUUGCCCGUAGCAGGUUAAUCUCAACAUAGUGGCUGACAUUCUGCACAGCACUCUGCCAGUCCAAGAGUGGGGUGUGCACACCGGUUCCAUGUUAUUUCAAAGCCUGUCCACGCUGCUAGCAAGCACAGAGAGGCUUCGUGGCUACUAAGAAUGGCUUCGUCCCUGAAGGGACAGUUUCUCCAUCAUUCCCAAUGGGAGAAGCAUCAGUACAGCGGGAAUGUGAUUGUUAGUCGCUACGGAGCCUCUCUGCACUUGCUAGCAGCGUGGGCAGGUUUUGGAGUAGUACGGAACAUGUGCUCAUCCCGCUCUUGAAAUCGCUAGGGUGCUACGUGGCAUGUUGGCCAUUGUCAGUACUGGACUGAAAGAUGGGUACCAACAGAAAGUUCAGAGAGAUUCUGGAUGCAGCGUAACCCUGUAUAAGGCCGCACUCUACUGUCUGGAUGAGGAGAGGAGAGUAAAGGGCAUUCACAAGUCCAAACUUUCCCUCCCUUUUCCUACUGGCUUCAAAAACGUCAAUACAAAUAGAGCCUCCAUGGUUCUGCUUUGUUCUCGGUAGCUGCAACGAGACGGUUAGAUGCCGUUUGCUCCCCACCUUCCUGUGGCUCUAGUUGCCACUUGUUGAAACGGGAGCAGUUUGUUCAAGAGCAACACUUGGAAAUGUUACGUUCCCUUGUGCACGUGUCCGCAGUAACAUGCAUGCCAGGGACGAAGCAGGGGUGGCAUACAAAAGGCAGGCAGACCCGUCUCUGUCAUGCUGGUGUAUACCACCACAAGAGUUGUUCCAGGAGCCAUAUAUUACGUUGCCCAGAAGAGUUUCUCCCCAAUGUCACUUUUGCUUUGUGAGCAUAUCUGCUGAACUGAAAUUCCAUCCCUGAUGACCUCUUCCCUUUUUAAAAAUGUGCGUGAUUUCUAUGCUCCCCCUCUGUCUUUCAUACAUUCGCUUUGGGCGUGUCGACAUGCUGCUGUCGCUCCCAGGCUUUUGAUGCCGACGUUCAUUUUAACUCCCUAUUGAAUUAAUAAUCUUUGGUCAGGCCGGCUGUUUCGGUCCCAGAUCUUGUGUGUGAAUAAUAAUUUUUAAAAAGCCUUGUAACUUUGGAACUAAUUUAUAAAGGCAUCUACUGAAACCACCCAAGAGUCACCCAUGAUGUCCCAGAAAUAACUAACAGUAAAUAGUAUUGACUAAUUUCUUUGCUGUUACCGUAGAGGAGGGAUGUGCACGAACCUGGUCGGAGGCCCUUUUGUGGACCUCCGAACAGGUUUGAAGACGGGGGGGCGGGGCCUCACUUUAAGGGCGGGAGAGGGUACACUUACCUCUCCCCCCGGCGGCGCUUGUGUCGGUAAAAGCCGUCGGGACGGCAGUGUCCCUCCCUGCCUCCCCUUCCCCCUCUUCGGCCGGCUUUUACUGACCUUAAAGUGAGACCUCCCCCAACCCCUCUAGUCACCCCCGCCCGGUUCUGCGCACAUCCCUACCAUAGAGCGGUGUGGUCAACCUUGGCCCUGCACCUGCUGCUAGACGACAACUCCCAUCAUCCCAGCUGCAAUGGAUUGUAGACAGGGAUGAUGGGAGUUGUAGUUCAGCAACAUCUGGCUAGCCAAGGUUCCCUGCCCCUGCAAUAGAGCAUCCUUGUGGUUAACUUUAUCUGCGGGGUCUUGCACCCACAGUUCCAAAUGACCUCAUAUACAGCUGUGGGGAUUUAUUACCUCCUAGGUCCUGGAAUUUAUUACCUCCUAAGUCCCAGCAUGGGGCAAUGUCUGCCCCAUGGAUAUAAUCUUGACAAAGGUUUAGGAAAAUCCUUUCCUUGAAACAGUCUGUUCUGUACGUGGAACAGACGCUUACUUUUCUUGUCUCAAAAGACACUGCUAAGUAAAGUUCUGGUUUACUCUCGUUGCUGUUGGAAUUGUCUGUUUUUAUGGUAUUAACUGCUCUCUAGUUGUGAUGUUCUUGUGAUUAUAUUCUUAAUAAGCAUAAUUGCACCUUUUUUUUGUUUGACUAAAUCUUUUAUUGUAACUUGCACUGUGAAAAAAAAAAAAGAAUCAUGGGCCUAUAAAAAAUAAGUUUGUUUCUUUGA